AUGGAUGCGGCGACGAUCGUGCUCUUGUCGCAGACGGACCACCAUCUAUUCGAGGUGGCGCACCCGCGGCUCGACGUCUUCGACUCGCCGCGCUGCACGCGCCUCGCCACGCAGGCGUGGACGGGCCGCCGCCUCGUCGCUCUCGCCGCCGCCUCGAUCGAACCCCGCCUUUGUGAUUCGGACAUCGCGGCCGUUCAUUCCGGCUCCCACGUGGCACAGCGACCGUUGGGGUCCGACGUGGCGCGGGGCGCCAUUCCGAUCCGCUUGUGCGAGGACGCGUAUCCCGGGUGGAUAUCGGCUGCUGACGUGGCGGAAGGCGCCAUCCGUCGCUUGUCCAUUGGCUCAGAGAGUGAAACGCGAGAGGCAGGCGAUGCGGGGUAUAGGGACAGGCGGAAGGGCGGAGGAGGGGAGUGUGAAGGCGGAGGCACGGCAGAGAAUGGGGACAUGGGGGUGGGCGUGGAGGAAGAGGCGGACUUGGCGGGGGAGAGAGAGGCGGCGGUUGCAUUCGCGGAGGCGGCGAGGGCGGAGGGCGACCGGUACCUGUGGGGCGGCACCACGGGGCCGCACUUCGACUGCAGCGGGCUCGGUGCGUGCCUCCCCUUGCCUCUCGCCUUGCCUCAUGGCGCCGCCCCACGCGCACAGCGCGGAGCGCAGAGCGCAGCUGCCUUGGCUGCAGUGGUUGCGGUGGUUGCGUGGUCGCAGCAGCAGGGCGGUAGCGAUGUGUGGCACGGCUGUAGCGCACCAUGCAAGCUGGCUGAGUGUGAGGCGAGUGCUCAUGCUGUGCGCUCUCAUUCGUCUGCCAUCGCCUGUGUGUAUCGCCGGGUGAGGGCGGUGGUUGCUUCUCCUGUGUGCACUGCUAUGGCAUGCUGUGCUGCGGCUAUUCUGUGCUCAACUGCCAUGCCACUGCUUGCAGCAACUGCUCUUUCCUACGAAAGCUCGACUUUCUCUCGUCCUUCUCUUCUGGAUUUUUCUUCGUGGAUGCCUUGUGGCAUGGUGGGUGUGGUGGCAUGGUGGGUGUGGUGGCAUGGUGGGUGUGAUGGCAUGGUGGCAUGCAGUGCAGCGAGCAUAUGCAUCGGCUGGAGUGUGGGUGCCGCGAGACGCCUUUCAGCAGGUCAGUGCGUCUGCUUCCACUCAUGGGGAGGCACCUCCUCAUGGCCCUCAUCCUCCACGCCACUCACCUUCCACACUGCGUGCUCAUCUUUGCUCUCACCCGCCUUCCUUGCCUCACUCCGCACCCUUCUCUCCCCGCCAUGCGUGCAGGAGGCCUUCUGUGAGCCAGUCUGUGUGGACCGCAUCGCUCGAGGCGAUCUGAUCACCUGCCGCUGCCGCUCACCUUCCCAUGGUGCAUGCCUCACCGGCUGGCAGGUGUUCUUCGGCACGACACGUGCCACACAUGUCGGCAUCGUCACCCACGCCAAGCUAUGGCACCCACACCACCACACUCCACCACUGUCCACCGGAUCCAGCCCCUCCCACGCAUGUGACAGCAACCCAUCCCACGCAUGGCGUGUGGUGCAGGUGGCGUUUCUGCACAGCUCUGGGCGUGAUGACGGGCACGACGGCAUCGUCUCUGACUGCCUGCGCCUGCUGCUGCCCUGCCGUCCACGUCGCGCUCAUCUGUCGCGCGGCGAGGCACGUGUGUUGAUGGAGCAUGCCCAUGGCUCGAAUGACGCGUGCGUGUGCUGCCUUGGUGUGAGCAGCUGCUCGGGCAAGGAGGGCUUGGGUGAGGAGCAAGAGCGCAUGAGUGCAGAGGGAGGCAGCAGGACGUGUGGGGCAGGCGAGGCAGGGGAGUGGAAGGUGGUGAAGCGGUGGCACGUGGGCAGCAGGGAGGAGGGGGAGCAGGGGGGGGAAGACAGCGGCCAGGCCACCGUGGAGGGCGGGCAGGGGCAACGGUGGCAGGGACGGAUGACGCUCGUGGCAACGCGCACUGCAGGCAGUGAGGACGCGGUUUUGGCAGAGGGAGGGGAGGGCGCAGCAGAUUGGGGGAAGGGCGUGGAGGUGUGUGCGCAGGGCAGGGUGGCGCAGCACUAUGGUGCUCAGCUCAGGGGCUUCGGGUGCGUGCUGCACACCCUGCCACCAUCGCUCGCCCACAUCCCCCCCCACCUCGUGCUGCCGCUUCAGGUGUAG